UCGACGUCGCCCAACGACCAUUGCCCCCGACGCCGAUCGUCUCUCCCAUCGCCUACUACAGAGCUGUGUCGUCCCACGCCAGGCCGCCACCACCGUGAACAGAUUAGGGAGGAUUAUUAUUUUGCACAAAGAAACCCCAGAGCUAGGAAAAUGAACUCUUUGAGAAGCAGAUUCUCGACAAUCUUCCCUCAUACAAACGCAACUCUCAGCACAGUGAGUUGGGAGCUUCAACAAUGUCGUGGGAUCCGAGUGAAGGUGUACAACAACAACUUGGAGAGAGCAUUGGGCGUGAUGCAGAGGAUGAUGCAAUCUAGUGGGAUUGAGCGACUCAUAAAGCGGCCUCAGACUCGCCAUAUUAAGAACUCUGAGAAGCGGGUACUAGCUAAAAAAUCCCUCGAACGUAAGAUUCGGUCCCAAGAACUUGCUCGCAAGCUCAAAUCCAUCCUCGUCAAGCGAGUCAGGGGUCUAUGAGAGGAAAUGAAAAAAGGUCCUAUCUGCACUGAUGGUGAGAGUCAAACACUAAUUUGCUUGCAGGUUUCAAGGAUGGUUUAUGAGUAGUUUAUGAUGCAAAACAGUGGGGAAAAGAAAUGUAUGUCAUCAAAUUUGUAAUUUGUCAUAUCCUCAAAAACCUAUAGGUUAAGAUGCUGCAUUUCUAGCAUUUAACCUUGAGUAUUUUCCUAAACCUCAAGGGUACAAUGUUUUUCUUGAUUCUUUUGAGUAAAUUUUGCGUAGAAUAAUCCGACAUUUUGAUUGGUUAAUAAUAAUCUCCUUUAUAA